AGAUAAUUUACAUAUUGAAUAGAGAAAUUAAGAUAUCAGGAUAUGGAUGGUGUGCUCUCACCACAUGGGGUCUUCAUUUCCAAAACAAACAAAAUGGCGGCUCACAUGAGAUGGGGUCUUUCACGGUUGUUACGGGCAAGAAAUACGACUCAUUUUAAGUUCCUGGUGAAGAUCCAAAGCUCGUACCUCUCUCAGAGCAAGACCCAGAUCUUCAGAAGAGUUCAGCCUCAGAUCUGGACAGGAAACACAGACUUCUCAACAAGACACCUGUCCAUCCAGACUCAAGACACUCCAAACCCCAGAAGUUUAAAGUUUCUCCCUGGUAAACCUGUCCUAGGAAGUGGGACGCUUGACUUUCCGACUCAGAGCACAGCCGAAUGUUCAUCUUUAGCCAGGGGCCUGUUUGAAAUUGAAGGAGUGAAAAGUGUGUUCUUUGGCCCUGACUUCAUCACAGUCACUAAAACAGAUGAGGAUGUGGAAUGGACAGACAUUAAGCGUCAUGCUGUGGAGGCCAUUGCUAACUUUUUUGAGAGUGGUGACCCAAUAACUAUAGGAGCCGUGCACCAUGAAAGCAGUAUUUCUGAGGAUGAUGAUGAUAUUGUAUCCAUGAUAAAGGAGCUUCUUGACACCAGAAUUAGACCUACAGUGCAGGAGGAUGGAGGCGAUGUAAUCUUUAAGGGGUUUGAGGACGGCACGGUCAAGCUGAAGCUGGUUGGUUCCUGCACAGGGUGUCCCAGUUCUACUGUUACCCUGAAGAAUGGGAUUCAGAACAUGAUGCAGUUUUAUAUCCCGGAAGUAGACAAUGUGGAGCAGGUGGAAGAUGAAGUUGAUGAAAUCAAUGCAAAGGUUUUCUCAGAGCUGGAACGCAAAUUACAAGAAUAAAAACGUCUUGGAGCGACGCACCAAUACAUUUGGUUGUAGGAAGAGUAUAUUCCACUGUGUAAAUACACAGCAUAAUUCCCAGUAGGGCCAUUCUAUAAUAUGAAUGGAAAGAGGAAGUUAUUCCCUGCUAUUUUGUGUUUAUGCUAUAUACUGUUAAGAGUUCAUACUGUAAUUUAUGUGUACAUACUGUAUCUCCCUGUUAUCAAUAUAGCAAUUACAGGAAAAUACCUGUAUACAGAAAAUACUUUGAGCAGGUCGAAAUGUUCUACUGUAAUUGCUGUAAAUGUUGUUGUGUAUUUAUUUCUUAUAAAGAUUUUAUAUUUUGAAAGAAUAUUUUCAUAGAAUGGACAUAUUGUGAAAGGGGAAACGGUUAUGCUCAUGCAGAAUGAAGAUUUGAUGAAGUAUUUCCAUUGUUGCAGCAAUAUAACAGCUGUAGGAGCCAUGGAACGUACACUGUUGAUGCAUUUUGUUUUAAUACAAAUUAGGUUUUUACUAGUUCAUAUUUGGUUAAUGGUUUUUAUUAUUAUUAUUAUAAGAUAUUAUUGUGUGUGUGUGAUCGCAAUGGGUUGGUUUGUUUGGGUCACAUGGAUAUGGGCGGCACUCAUAGGAAUGAAUUAUAAUCACCUGUUCACCUGAGCCAGCUGUGUAUGUGCAGAGAGAGGGUGACGACAGGGUCGUUGUAUUUGUUGUUGACCGCAAACUUUAUGAUUACUUUGAUUAUAAUUAUAAUUUCGUUGUCCUAAGUAGAUUGUCUCGUUAUUUCAUUAAAUUACAUUAUUAUUCACCUCAUUUUUGAUCUCAGCAAGUCAGUUUUUGAUUUAGCUUUUCGACUUAGCUUAUUUACUGAAGUCGCUAUGACAACUGAAAAAUAACUGAAGCAUAAGUUAGUGUGCUGAGUAACUCCCUUUAAGACCUGUGUGCUAUUUAUGUGCUUUGUGCUCGAUUAUUCUGAUGUAUCACUGUAUAAAACAAAGUUCACAGUUUGAAAGCA